AUGUUGACAGUUGCCUUCUCUGACACGUUGCUCAGGAAUGAAGACGGUACUGGAGCAUCCAACAGUGAAGGUGAGCUGGGAACUUUUCUCCUAGAAACCUCUGUAGUUGUUUCAGGAAGUGCUGAGAAUGAAGAAGUCAUGGGCCUCAGAGCUCCAGUGGAAAGAAAGGAGCGCGGGGUUCCCCCUAAACAAGACCAACUCUUCUGGACAAAGACAGGAUCCCAGAUAAUGCAGGAUGGAAAGGGCCUGGGAUUGUCCAGACAGCCAGUUUCUUGUAGAAAACUGGUGCUAAGUAACUGUGUGGAGGAACAGUGUCUGAUUUCUCAGUUCCCAGGUCUCCUGCCAAGAUCGCGUUCCUUUGUCCCAUGGGAUCCUCUCUCCACGGCUAAUUCCUCCGAGGUGACAGAAUUCCUGCUUCUCGGUUUCUCCAGCCUUGGGGACGUGCAGCUCGUCCUCUUUGUGAUCUUUCUCUGCCUCUAUCUGAUCAUCCUCAGUGGAAAUGUCACCAUCAUCUCUGUCAUCCACUUGGACCGAAGCCUUCACACACCCAUGUACUUCUUUCUAAGUGUCCUCUCUACCUCUGAGAUCUUCUACACCAUUGUCAUCCUGCCCAAGAUGCUCAUCAAUUUGCUCUCUGUGCUCAGGACACUUUCCUUUGCCAGCUGCGCCAUCCAGAUGUUCUUCUUCCUUGGCUUUGCUGUCACCAACUGUCUCCUGCUGGGAGUGAUGGGCUAUGACCGCUACACAGCCAUCUGCCAUCCACUACGAUACCCCAUCCUCAUGAGCUGGAGAAUUUGUGGGCAGCUGGCUGCAACGUGCAUUCUCAGUGGCUUCCUAAUCUCUCUUAUGGGAACCACACUAGUCUUCACCCUCCCUUUCUGUGGCCCCAACAAGGUAAACCACUACUUCUGUGACAUCUCCCCAGUCAUUCGUCUUGCCUGUGCAGAAACCUACAUCAAUGAGCUGGUCAUCUUCAUCUGUGGGGUCUUUGUGUUAGUGGUGCCCCUGACUUUCAUCUGCAUCUCUUAUGGUUUCAUUGUUCGCACCAUUCUGCGGAUCCCAUCAACAGAAGGCAAGAGAAAAGCCUUCUCCACCUGUGCCUCCCACCUCAUUGUGGUCAUUAUCCACUAUGGCUGUGCUUCUUCUGUCUAUCUGAGACCCUCGGCCAAGCACUCUUCAGGCAAAGACAGGCUGGUGACAGUGACCUACACUGUGGUCACCCCACUUCUGAACCCCAUGGUGUACAGCCUCAGGAACAAGGAUGUGCAGAUGGCUAUCCGCAAAGUGAUUGGAAAGGCUGGGGUUUCACUGAAGACUUUUUAA